AAAGAGCGAGAGAGGAUAGUGAAAUAAAGGAAGAUGGUGGGCUCAGGUUCAGCAGAUAGGAGCAAAGAUGCUGUUGGGAUGAUGGCCCUUCACGAAGCACUUCGAACCGUUUGUCUCAACUCGGACUGGACUUACUCUGUUUUCUGGACCAUCCGUCCUCGCCCGAGAGUGAGGGGCGGUAAUGGUUGCAAGGUUGGAGAUGAUAACGGCAGCUUGAUGCUGAUGUGGGAAGAUGGAUUUUGCAAAGGAAGAGUUGCAGAUUGUUUGGAAGAGAUUGAUGGAGAAGAUCCAGUGCGGAAAGCUUUCAGCAAAAUGUCCAUUCAAUUAUAUAAUUAUGGAGAAGGGUUGAUGGGAAAAGUUGCAUCAGAUAAGUGUCAUAAAUGGGUAUUCAAAGAACCAACGGAAUGUGAACCCAAUAUCUCCAAUUACUGGCAGAGUUCCUUUGAUGCUCUUCCUCCUGAAUGGACUGAUCAAUUUGAUUCAGGCAUUCAGACUAUUGCUGUGAUUCAAGCUGGCCAUGGUCUUCUCCAGUUAGGUUCCUGCAAGAUUAUACCCGAAGACCUUCAUUUUGUGCUGAGAAUGAGGCAUACCUUUGAAUCUCUUGGAUACCAAUCUGGUUUCUAUCUGUCUCAGUUGUUUUCAUUGAACAGAAAUGGUUCGUCUAAGCAGUCCACCGUUCCAACGCUGCCACCUCCUCCGCUCUUCAAUUGGAGCCAGCGGCCACUUCCGACAGCAACUAAUCCGACGCUUGCUUCGCCUAAUUUUCAGAACCCGGCUAGACUUGGAUUUCAGCAACCCAAAGACGAAACCCACAUGUUCCUACUGCCACGUUCGUCCGAAACCCGAAUGGAAGACAUGAUGGUUGAGCAUGAAAACGACAUCAAAUGGCCUAAUGGCUUGAGUUUCUUCAGUGCUCUCACCGGACGAACCGAAGACGCCAAGUUUUUAUUCAACUCUGAGAGCUUAGGGAACAAACCAGAAACAAACCAUCACCCACAAAUACUCGAAGGAAAAGACUCGAAUCAAAAUUCAGAUAGCUUGGAUAGUCAUCCGGUGAAUAUGAGGAAGAUGGAUAAGUUAAAGAACUUUACGAUACCCGCAAGGAUGGCAACGUCUUCAUCGUCGACUUCAGUCGAGCAUCAUCAGCACCAACCCGGGGAGUAUAGGAACUCCGAGCCCGGGAUGUACACGGAUGUCAUGGAAACGUUCUUGGAAUGAAAUGUAGAAGGAUUAGGGUUUGUUUUUCUCCCAUAUAAAUGUCUCUUUAAUCCACUAAAACUGGACUUUCUAAUC